GAUAUUUGAGUCCUUUUCAAUAACGUCCUCCAUGCCGUCUUUUACGGUGGCCUGGAGGUCAUGUCCCAGCCUUGGAUUGGGCAGACGGUUUGACGCGUCGCACUGGGAGCCCCUCAUAUGUGGAGGCGGUCAGACCCCUGCUGAGCUGAGCAGCAUCCUCUGAGACAGAGCAGGCACAGGGCAGACCACCGGAGGACUCUGCAUGCAGAUAAUGAUGAAGUCUUUCCUCUGGAGCCUCUUGUUCUGCGCUUCGCUGCUGCUGUCUGAUGUUCUGGCAACAUACCAGCUCAGUGCGGGGGAUCCUCAGCUGAUCGCCGCACAAAGUUACGCACAAACCAGAAAUAAUGGCCGACCACCGUUCAGGACCCUGGAUCCCUCAAUUCAAAGAAGUGAUUACACGUAUAGAGGAGGGUAUCACUACCACUACCAGCCACCAAGGAUCCCUCCACCGGUAGUGUAUCGACCUAUGCCUCUGUUUCCUCCAGUGACUUACCACAGGCCCUCAGUCCCCAUGCCGCCCUAUCACCACAGAUUCAAAGGGCCAGUUGCACCACAAAUGCACCACAUAUACAAAGGGCUAUCUCCACCAGUAGCUCACCAUCCCCAUCAGAGGCUCAAAGGCCCAUUCCCUUAUAAAUUAAAAGGUCCAUGUCCAACAAUGUCAGACCCAACAGUACCAACAGCACCUGUGGUACACCUUCCUACCGUCCCUCCAACUCUACCAGAGCCAACAGUGCAGCCAACUCUGCCAGCAACUACAGUAGCACCAGUGACAACCAUCCUGCCAGUGGUGGUGACCACUGUGCUGCCGGUGGAGACCACGGCUCCUGUGACGCUACCGGUCAGUACCCAAAGCGGCUUCAUCACCACCGUCAGUCCUGUGGAGACAGUAAACAAACCCGACAUGAAGAAAGCCAUCUCCCGCAUCGAGCCCUUGGCGGCCGGCACCAUGACGGGCCUCGCCAUCAAGAUCGCAGUGAAUGAAGCCUUCACCGAGGAGUCUGGAGCCCGGCCUCGCUCCAGGAAAAUCACCAAAGUGGCCAUCAUUGUGACAGACGGGAGACCCCAGGACCAGGUGGAGGAGGUGUCUGCUGCAGCUCGGGCUUCAGGCAUCGAGAUCUACGCUGUAGGGGUGGACCGAGCUGACAUGCGCUCCCUGCAGCUGAUGGCCAGCAUCCCUCUGGAGGACCACGUCUUCUAUGUGGAGACCUACGGCGUUAUCGAGAAGCUCACCUCAAAGUUCAGGGAGACACUGUGUGGUCUGGACCCCUGUGCCAUGGGACAUGACUGCGAACACAUAUGUGUCAACAGCAAUGCCUCUUAUUACUGCAAGUGCCGGAAUGAUUAUAUCUUGAAUGCGGACAAGAAAACAUGUUCCCUGAAACAGAUGAAGGCGGUGGUGGUGGAGGAUCCCUGUAAAUGUGAAGCCAGACUGGCUUUCCAGAAGCAGACACAGGCUGCCAUCCAGCAGCUCACAGCCAAGCUAGUCGAUGUGUCUGGGAGAAUCGAGCGUCUGGAGAACAUGGUGGGCCGUGCUUAAAGCUGGACACAGUGAGACCGUUCGCUGGUUUACUUCCUGGACAUGGACAUGUGCUUCCUGUCAUCCACCGUCCCACAACUACUGUAUGGACUUCAACCACAGAAGGAGUGAAGCUGUGAUUCAUAAACCAAUACCCCUCAAGUUUCUGACUGUAGUGGACUGUUGAGUAACAAUAUCUGCAGUUGAAUGUGUGCUUUUCGUUAAUGCAAUAUUUUUCAAACUGCAGCUACCUACACUAUUUUCUCCAAACACCUAUGAUCAUAGUAUAACGUAUGUUAAACAAGUGUUAUUUCUAGUGUUUCUCCUGUACUGUAUUGUUUUUCUGUGUCCUGUUUGUACAAAGUUGCAUAUUGUGUAUAUAGUAGUUUUUAUGAAAUAUCAAAUUGUAUUUACUUAGUAAACAAUUUUGUUUUUAUGCUCUAAAGCAUUCAACCAGUAAAAUGUUUAAUACUUAACAUUUUUGCAUAUUUUCUUUAUUAUAUCCUUUCUAGGUUUUAUUGUUGUAUCAUGCAUUAUAGAAAUGUUCAUCUUCUGUGUCUGUGAAUGUUAUGAGAUGACAUAUAAUGUUUGCUAAGAAUUAUAAAUGUAACCAAGCAAACAAAUUGGACAAUAAAAUAAUCCCAAAGGAGGUUGUUGUGCA